CUCGAAUGCGCGUGCAUGGCAGCUAGCGGGAGCGCAAGCAGAAAGCGAUCGUGGCGGAAGAAGGAAUCUCCAGAAACCGUUUCUCGUUACCGCAUCUCAGUCGCCUCGAUUAAAUCGCGACGUCCGCAGUCAUGCCGAAAUCUCUCAGUCGCAUGGUCGUGCGCUUCUCUGUGGACCUGCACAAAGAACUGCUGCACUCCAGGAAAGACAAGAAAGAGAACGUCACCUCUUCGCCAUUCAUGAUCACGGCCGCUCUGUCAAUGACGUUCGCCGGAGCGCGUGAAAACACUGCCGACGAGCUCUUGGCAGUGCUGCGUGGCAAGGACGAGAAACUGCACGAGAACUUCGCGUCGUUUAUGCCAAAGCUGUCCAGCCACUCGCACAAGCUACAGUUCCACGUCGCCAAUCGCAUCUACAGCGACGAGAAGUUUCCCGUCGUGGAAGAGUACGCGACCUUCGUGAACUCGACGUAUGCCUCGACCAUCCAAUCGGUCGACUUUGAGAAACGCAGCGAGGCCGUUCGUGGCCAGAUCAAUGACUGGGUCAAAGUAGUCACCGAGUCCAAGAUAGUCGACCUUCUAGCUCCCGGUAGCGUUAAUCCUACCACCAACGUGCUCCUGAUCAACGCCGUUUACUUCAAAGGACUCUGGGAAUCGCCGUUUCCGGCCAGCUCGACGUCUCGCCGCGACUUCAACGUCGACUCCAAGACCAAGGUCCAGGUGGACAUGAUGUGCCAGAAGCAGGAGUUCGCCAUCUCACACAGCGAGGAGCUCGGGGUCAGGGCCAUCGAGAUGCCCUACAGGGGCGGCAGGACUUCAAUGAUCAUACUGCUGCCCGAUGAAAUCGAGGGCCUAUCGCACUUGGAGCAUCACUUGUCACACUGCAAGUUGUCCAACAUCGUGGCGGAUCUUAAGGAAACGCCGAAUGUCGAGGUGAUCAUGCCCAAGCUCUUGCUCCACCAGUGCCUGUACCUCAAGGACACUCUGGUGGCCAUGGGCGUGAACGAUCUGUUUUCGGGCAAGUGCGAUCUUUCGGGCAUGUUCAAGACGGGCAAUCCCGUCGUGUCCGAGAUGAUCCACAGCGUGUACUUGCAGAUCGACGAAGAUGGCACCGACGCCGCUGUGGCCACGCCUGCCGUGGCUGCGGCAUCUACGACGACUGUGUCUCCGGCGGCGACGCAAAAGACCGAGUUCGUAGUUGACCAUCCGUUCAUGUUGCUCGUGUUGAAGAGCAAGUCGGAUGUGAUCCUUUUUAUGAGCUCCGUGCGCCAUCCAUGA